AUGAUGGCCGUCGAACCAUCGGAUGCUGAAAUCAAGUCUGCUUUGGCAGGUAUUCAAUCCUAUCUACGCAAACGAAAGCUUAUGUCGAAGAAUUUACACAGUCAUAACAAUUAAGGGUUUAAGCUCCCUCAUAUCUUGAUUUCUAGACAUUUUACGCGAUGGUGAACUCUCCCAGUUAACGUCGAGAAUUGUUCGCCGUCAACUGGAAGAUAAGUUUGGCGUGAGCUUUCUUGCCCGGUGAGUGUGAAAACACGAUUGAUUUUAGCUUCAAUUUGCUUUAGUUGUUUACACAGAAGAAACUAUGGCGAGGAAAAAAAUAAAGUAUCUAGUUUGAGCCAAACACGUGUUGUUCCGCAGGGGAAUUAUUCGUCAUGCAACUUGAUGAUGACUUGAUGACCGCCCAAAGUAUUCUGAUAUUUUUCCCAGUUAAAAGCUUUAAGGUCCCUAAGGUAUGAAUUGAUUCUUCUCCCAUAAAUCUGCAGCCCAGAGACGUGAUAAACUGGAGAAUAAAACUGAAGAUAAGCAAAAUUUAUUCGGUAAAACCUCAACUCGAUAAUUCAUAAAAUCGUAUCAGAUUCCGUCGGGAUCAAUGGUUAAGCUUUGAUUGCAUUUUUAACUAUUGAUAAUUUUUGAAAUUAGUUGAUUCCUUAGUCAAUUAAUUCUACAAUUAACGCUCCAUCCAUACGAGACUCGACAACUAUCGAUCCUUCGUUCACCGUUUGAAAAUAAUUUUAUUUGAUUUCUUAUUGUAAACAAGCUUAUAUUUUUUUGUUGAUUUGAUAUAAAAACGAUACUUGUAGGAAUUAAGAAUAAAUUUACUAGUUUAUAAAUCCUGAUUAAUUCUUUUUCUCGCUUUCAUCAUGCGGUUAAACUUUUCUGCAUAGCUGGAGAGUUGUCAUUUACUUUCACCAAAAAUCAGAAUUUUUAAUCAAGCGUUAUAAUAAUGGCUGUUGAAUUCAAUUCCAAUCAUUGUUGGAAUGUUUGAGGCAAAAAUAAUAUUUUCAGCCAUUCAUAAUGGGUUUUGGGUUUUCUAAAUGUUUCACUGUAUAAAGCCUAUACCUUGGUUCAUCCACUAUGCACCAUUUAUCGAAAAAAUGUUUCUUUGUUGUACUGUAAGUUAUUUUUUAAUUUAACCCUUUAACUCCCCGAAGUGAUGAACAUGAAACUUCUCUCUAUAAUAUCCAUACAUUAUUCAGCAAACAGGGAAUGAGAAUAUUUAAACUUAUCAGGUAGAAGCUGCUAUCUUGAUGUAGCACCAAAUUCUUAUAACUUAUUUACAAGGAAAUGUGUAUCAGCUAGAGGGGAGAAUUAAAAAGGAGAUCUUGGGAGUCGAAUGGUUAAUAUAUGGUAUCUUUUCUCAAGAUAUGCAUUCUACAAUGUUUAAGCUCCAUGUUGCAUAUAUAGUGGAGUUAUUAUGGUGUGAAAUAAGGUGGCAGGUACAUGUCUUGGCAACAAAUGGGAAUUCUCUUUAAAAAGUGACUGCAAUACAUGGUGAGGGCAAGUUGCAGAAAAAAUUUUGCCUUGUGUGACAUGGAUAAUUUUUGUUAAAAUUGUGUCAUUGUGACAAAAAUUUAUCUUCAUAUGACAUUAUGCAAAAUCAGUUUUACUUUUUUUUGGUGAGGUCUGGCUGUAUGAUACAAUAAUUUUUUUCUCCUAAUGUGUCUCCCUUGUAAUGUCAACUAAGUGGGGCAAUGGUUAGGUUUUGAAUUUGUGAGAAAUUGCCAUUUAAAGUCUGUAUCUGAGGGACAGAUCACCUACCCCUCCCCUAGCACAACCACAGUCAACUGAUAACAAGCUACAGUAAGUGUUGGGUUAGGGAAGGGGUAGGCUCACAGUUUCUCAGAUGCUGAGUGACAUUGAUCCAGAAUUAUCAUAAACCUUGUGGAUUUAUCUAAGAUGAAGUGGCUCGUGAGCUUAGUGGUUCCCUUGCAAAUGUCAAAAUACAUUUUCUGUAGGAAAAAGGAAAUUGAUGCAAUGUUGAUGGAUAUGAUUGAAAAGUCAAGAGAAGUAGAAGGUGACAAAGAACAGGAAAAUGGAACCUCUGAAAUAAAUGGAGUGACACAGGAAGAGGAUGACAAGGAAGAUGAGGAAUCAUUAGAGGUAUGAGAGUGUUUGCAAUAGGGACUGUAGGAAAAACAUGACCGCAAAGGCAACAAGAACAUAGCAAAACAGAAGAUCUAACAAGCAAAAUAACAGCACAGCACAUGCAUUUUAAAACUUUGUACAUUUCUUAGCCAUCCUAUACAGCAACAAAACAUGGAAUCACCAACUUUUGCAUCCCUUUGAUAUUCUUUUGCCAUUCCCUUGGUUCGGGCCAAUAAUUUAGAGAGUGGGAGAGACUGAAGUGUUAUUUUACAGAUAAAUAGGACUCUGUCAACUAAUUGGGACAUGGAUUGUAGCUAGGCCAAUCUUUUUGUGAGAUAUACUAAAAUUUAAAUUUUUUAAGCAAUACAGUGGACUUUAAUUGGAACUUUCACAUCCAUUAUUAAUGACUUCAGAAAAAGAAACUUUCAAAUUUGCACUCAGGGUAGGGUUAGGGAACCAUGAAGCCUGUAAUUACAACUCUGUGUUAUAUAUUUGUUAAAAUAAUUGUUGAUUAUAAUUUUUUUCAUGUCUUAGGAUGAUGAACCAUCACCAAAGAAAAAGAAAAGGGUUAACAAUAAGGUAACAUUUUUAGAGAAAUGUAUUAUUCAAACUAUUUUUGUUACCAGCUUUCGAAUUAAUUUGGCAUUUGGUUCUGGUAGAUUCUUGCUGUUUGUUUUAUCUCCAUCUAUAGAGCUCUUUUCUAUCAUUUUGUCAGGUUCAAAGUCUUAGAAUUAUUUUUGAAAAGUUUAUAUUUUGCCUUUGACUAGAAGUCCAGUAAAAGUGAUGAUGGCAGUCGUAAUGAUGAUGAUGAUGAUGUGAAUAUUUUGAAUUAAGUAGCAUGUGGUAUUUCCUUGAAUAAGCAUUAACUACAAUGGAAUUGGUACAGGCUAACAGUUUCUUUAUAAGCAUCCAUCUUGAUGAAGCCCCAUCCUUCAAAUAAGCACCCCUGUUUCCAGCCAAAAUUUUAAGAAAGUACCUCAGUGCUUAUUCAAGGAAAUACAGUACUGUUGUUGAAUUUUGAAGCUUACCAUCAAUUUUGCUAAUAUGAUACCAGAUGGAAUGAUACAAGACAAUGUUGAGAUCUCCAGACCUUCCUCAACCCUUUAACUCCCAUGAGUGACCAAAACAGAAUUUCUCCUUACAAUAUCAAUACAAUGUCAACCAGAUAAGUGAUGAGAAUAAAGAAAAAUAUCAAUCUGGGGUUAAUUAGUUGGUCCAACACUAGAUUCUCUGAACUAACAUUAAAAGAAUUUUAUGGUUGACAGUAAGGAGAAUGACAAAUUUGAUCUGGGAGUUAAAGGGUUAACUGUAAAAUUUCAACAGAAAAAUAAUCAGGCAGUUGGGUGUUGUAGAUGACACCUUUUUUCUUUUCUUCAGGAAACUCAUGUUUUAGAUGAUGAAGAACUGGCACGCAAGCUUCAUGAAGAUGAGAAGAAUUUGCGAUCAAGAAGACACACUGCAAAGAGACCAGUGGUGAGUUUGUGCUUGAUUCCAAUUUAAUUUGCCCCAAGAAGUAUGUUCAGCCCUUUACACCCUAACAUCAGUAUGCAAGUUCUCCAGACUGCUCUCUAUACAUGUACCUGCAGAUUCCUUAUGGCUUACAAGAAGAAUUUGUCAAACUAUCAAGAGCUUGAGUUUGCAAUCAUUUCAUUUUAUUAUUCUUACGACCUUUAUGUUUGAUCAAGGGGUGAUUUUGUUUGAAAAAAUUAAAUGCUUAUUAUUCACAGGGAGAAAAGGGCUAAAUGAUUGUGUAAAGGAAUUGCUAUCAAACAGUGCUCUUGCAAAUUUUUAUAUGCCAAGCUGUGGCACAGUCUGACAAAAAUAAAUUCUAAGCAAAAGCAAUAAGACUAAAACUAAAGAUUUUCCAAUUUUUAACAUCAGUAAGCUUUUAGACUUGAAUAGGAGCCUAAUCUUCACUCGUGUAACAGAUUUUUGGCCUAUUGCAAUGAUGAUCUGACUGUUAAUUCUCCCCUCUAGCUGCUAGACAUUUCCUUGCAAAUUGGUUAUGAGAAUUUGCUGUCAGAUCAAGAUAACAACACUUCUGCAUGAUAAGCUGGGUUUUCUCAAUACUCCUUUGCUGGAGAAUUUUUGGAUAUUAUUGGGAGAAGUAACAUGUUAAUCACCUCUGGGAGUGAAAGAAUUUACAGCAUAAUGGAAAGGAUUUGUGUUCUCAGUUGGUAUUGUUAGCAGUUUUCCACCUCACAAAGGAAAAACUGUCAAGUGUGUUUCUAAAAUUAAUUUGUAAAACUAUAUGUAUGUGCAAUUUAACUUUUAGGAAAGGAGAAAGACAGCAAAAGCCAGGAAACCCAAAGAAAGUGGUGGAGUGACAGGUGAAAAUGAUUUGAUUUUGUAGAAGAAAUGGUGCUUACAUAUUCCUGUGCUCAUCUUUUGGCAAAUUAAACUGAAAGUCUUUACACACAAACAUACGAUGGAAGCUGACUCUUCAUUUCUCUGUUUACUUCCAGGGUUUAAAAGGAUAAUGGUGUUGUCGCCACAACUUGCAGAAGUUGUAGGUGAAGAAAAGGUGAUUGAAAUGAAGAAAUUGUUAAAUCUGCAUGCCAGUUUUUAGUCUUUCUUUGAGUCUGUAUGUAAAAUGAUGAGAAACUUAGAGUGAUACUGUACUAUUGGCAGCUCAACUACUGAAUAAAAUGACUUGAAACACUUGUCAAAUGCAAUACAUGUAAAGAUGUUUGACAAUAAUUUGUAUCAUACUAGUAAAUUAAUUUCAGAAGAGGCAGGUAUAUGGAAAAUGGCUAAUUUCCUAUUUUCAAUUUUCCUUUCCCUCUAUUAAGCUCAUAAAUUCUUUUUUUGCCCAUCUGACUGAUAAUGUAUUACAAACUCAGAUCUUGCGGCAACAUAACUUUUUUUUUCUAGUAGUGGACAAAACAACACUAAGUUUCAGUUUUAUCAUUUAGAUAUGUAUUUAUUUACAAAUACAUAUGUUUACAAAUAGAUAUGUUUUGUUAAUUGUAUAUUUCAUCACACUUAUUUCCCUAGAUGACCAGAAGUGAUGUUGUGAAGAAAAUGUGGGAAAUUAUUAAGGAAAGAAAACUAGAGGUAAUGAAUGCAUAAUGAAAGCUGUUCUCAGAAAAGCAGAAAUUUUCCAAAGAAAUUGCAGUUCUGUGUUGUAGGGGAUAUUAAUACAGGUAACAACAUGAUUAUGGGUGCAAUUCGGUGUUAAUAAUCAGGUGUAAAUUUUUCAAUGACAAAAAAAUUGCAUGAGCCUGAAGGGCAAAAGAAAUCAUGUUGUUACUUCUAUCUACAAACAUGACACUAUCGACAUUGCUGAUCCUAGCAGUAUGCAGGAUCCGAAGGUCUGAGGUUCGAUUCCUUGUGGAGACUUGGAAUUUUUUCUUUGUCCCACGCUCGUGAAAAGACCAAUACAUCUUUCUCUAUGUUGAUAAUUGUUAAUAAUUUACAUGAAAAAUGCAUUGCAGAAAGUCAGGAGUGACGAAAUUUUGGAAGUGUGCAUGCCAUUUGUAAUUUUCACUUGUCUUACAUGAAAAAUGCACUUGUUUUCAGCCAAUCAGACAUGUGUAAUUUUUGCAUAUAUAUUAUUACAACUCAAAGAUAAUUUGAUUUUAUCAACUGAGAGUGAGUUGAUAAUGUGAAUUGGCCACCACGUAGAGUUUCUAAGCUGAAGUUGUGAGUGUUUGCCCUUCAUCAGAACAAAAAGUUUGACUAAAUAAUUUUAUUUUCAUGUACUCUGCAGUAACUUGUGUACUCUUUUUUCAGGAUCCUAAAAAUAAAAGAUUUACGCUAUGCGAUGAACAACUGCAACAAGUGUUUGGUAUGUAUGUAAACUUAGGGUUGUGGCAGAUUGUCAACAAUUGUACCUGGUAUAUGUGAUUGUUGUUUUUCUUGAACAGUCUUUCCAUGGUAGAAAGAUGCCAGAUGAGGUGAAAUUCAAGCUCCAAAAGACAUGGCUAGAAUAAAAACCAGAAUACUGUAAAUUUUGCACCCUAUUCAUGGCAGCAAAUGCAAGUGUUCUUUAGCACUGACAGAGCCUAUAGUUUUGCAUUUUUCCUCGUUACUUUAAGGUCCUGUUUACAUGAAGCUGGGUGGCCCAAGGCAGGCGAGGUAACCUGCCCAGCUGUGGCAAAAAAAUAGCCUGUGUUUACAUACAAUCUGACUACCCUGGGAUUCCAGGGUGAAUGCAAGUGUAGCCAAGUGGGUUACCCCACCUUGAGGCAUUUACAUGGCAAAUUGCAGCCCUGGCUGACAGUCUUACCCUACACUGCAGACCAGGGAUUCUGCCUUGAUGGGUUACCCCACCUAUCAUGUAAAUGCAAUAAAAAAUUAUGCAGACAGGCAGGUUACCACACCUAGGCAAGUCACCUCACCCACUUGGGGUCUGCCACUUUCAUGUAAACAGGCCUUAAGACCCUUUUUCUUUAGCCUGGGACAUGAACCUUUGACCUUACAACAUCAGUCCACUGUGCUCUUAACCCUUAAACUUGUAUGAGUGAUUAACAUGUACCUUCUCUCUAUAACAUCCACACAUUAUCCAGCCAACACGUUAUGAGAAUAAUCAAACUUAUCAAGUGGAAGUUAGUAGUCUUGAUCGAACACCAAAUUCUCGCAAUUUAUUUACAAGGAAAUGUGUAGUAGCUAGAGGGGAGAAAUCAAAAUCAGAUCUUGGGAGUUUAAAGGUUAAUUGAACCACCUACAGCAGCAAGGUUAAUUUAGUUAAUUCUCACAUUUAGUGUCAGUCAUAAGCUAUGAUGCCAGCAGUCAAUGUAGUGAGACAAAACUAGAGGCUUUUGAAUUACUGACAGAACCAUUGCUUAAAUAGAUGUCUCAUUGGUAGUUUUCUUUCCCCAAACCCCAGUAAACUGAUUUAUUUGGCAAUUCUCCCAUCUGGCUGUGAUACAUUGCAUUUUAAAUUAAUUAUGAUAAGAUCCUCAAGUAGCUCAGGUUGUGAAUUCUUCCUACUUGCUUGUAGAAUUAUGUACUGAAAUUAGGAGGAGAACUUAACCCCUAAGAGUGACUAGCAUCUAAUUUCUUGUGACAAUAUCACUGCUGAAUCACACAUUGAUGUCAUGAGAAUAAAGGAAAUGAUCACCAACUAAAGAAAUUCUGGAUUAUUAGAUUAUCAGUCAGCACCUUCGCAAAUGUACAGAGAACAGCAUGGAGAAUAUGCAUACUGAUGUUAGGGUGUUUGAGUUAAAUCUGAAUCUCGUCUUGAUGUCAAAGGGUUAAAUAAUAGGAUUUGGGUAUUUGUGAAAACUAUAUAUGAAAAAAUACACUCUUCAACUUGGUCUGUUAGUUGUCUCUCUAAAACCAUCUUUUCUUCCAGGUCGCAAGAGGAUACAAACAUUUGGAAUGAUGAAAUAUUUAACAAAACACAUCAUAGAUCCUGAUAAAAUUUCUCAAAGUGCAAUGUAAGGAUUGAAGCAAGCAACUGAGACAUUGUGACCUCUCUGGAGACAAACCCUGCCCAAGAUCAAUAAGUUAUAUCAAAUUCUAGUAGGAGCUUUUAAAAGCAAAUGGUAUUGUUUGUAUUUGUGUACAGUAUCUUGAUUUUUUUUUUUCUCAAG